AUGAGCGGAAAUUAUUAUCAUCAGCAGUCAGAUUACCAAGGUGGUGGUUAUCACCAGGGUGGCUAUCCGGGUGGUCAUCCCCAGGGUGAUUACCAACAGAGACCAGUCGACUACCAACAACACAACUACCAAAACUAUCAGUCUGGACCUCCUCAAUACCAAGAUCCUCACAGCCCUUAUCCACCACAAGAGAGAGGGUUCCAACCUUCUCCAAGCCCGCACCCAAGCUACCAUCAACAAGACUCUUCUCCCUAUCGACAACCCCCUCAGAACUUCAACCCUCAAGGAGAAGCUUCAUCUUACUAUGCCAUGUCAAACUCGCAGUAUCAAGACCAGAGCCAGACAAAUACCUGGACACCUCAAACCCAACCCGGAAGCCAGUUCGACGAUCAAGGCCCCGAUGAGACGGGCGAGCGAGGUCUUGCCGGUGCGUUAGCUGGAGGUACCGCUGGUGCAUUCGGCGGCAACAAGUUUGGAGGAAGUAAAACCGCUGCGGUAGCCGGUGCUCUCAUCGGUGCAUUCCUGGGUCACAAGGGUCAGGAGUGGAGACGUGAUCAUAAAGAGGAGAAGGAAGAGAAAGAACGUGAAGAAGAGGAGGAGAUGAAGAGGAAGCACACUGCCGAAAUGGCGAGUUGGGAUAACCGUUCUCGUUCGUCUUCUCGUCAUCGUUCUCGCCGUGAUCGUUCACGCUCUCGCUCUCGUUCUCGUUCACGAUCAUCUGACUACCAUCGUCGUCGCCACAGUCGCUCACGAUCGCGAUCAUCUGGUCACCAUCACCACCACCAUCGAAGUCGUUCAAGGUCAAGAUCAUCUAGCCGGCAUCGAUACUGCCACUAG